UUUCAUCGUCGGAGACACGCCUCCCAACCUCAAGACACUCCCUCUCUUCUCCUCAAGAUGCCGUUCGUCAAAAAGAUCAAGACCGACGCUUACUUUUCGCGUUUUCAAGUCAAGUACCGGAGACGAAGAGAAGGCAAAACUGAUUACUAUGCCCGCAAACGACUGGUCACUCAGGCAAAGAACAAAUAUAAUGCACCCAAAUACCGCCUUGUUGUUCGGUUCACCAACAGGGAAGUCAUCGUUCAAGUCGUAUACGCUCGUCUGCAAGGUGAUUUUGUUCUUGCCGCGGCACGAUCAAAAGAGCUACCUCGCUACGGCAUCAACCAUGGCCUUACCAACUGGACCGCAGCCUAUGCGACCGGUCUCCUUUGCGCUAGGCGCGCUUUGACAAAACUCGGGCUUGCGGACAAGUACCAAGGUGUCGCAGAACCUGAUGGCACUUUCUCCGUCACAGAAGUGUUGGACGAUGAAGGUGCUCCUCGGCCAUUCAAAGCCUACCUUGAUGUCGGUCUCAGGCGGACUUCUACCGGUUCCCGUGUCUUCGGUGCCAUGAAGGGUGCUAGCGAUGGUGGUGUCUUUAUUCCUCACAACGAGAAACGUUUCCCAGGAUACGACGCGGAGAGCAAGGAGCUUGAUGCUGAGGUGCUCAAAAAGUACAUUUUCGGUGGACAUGUUGCGGAGUACAUGGAGAGCUUGGAAGAGGAAGACGAUGAGCGUUUCAAGAAGCAGUUCUCCACGUACCUUGCCGACGGUGUCGGCUCUGAGGAUAUUGAGGAGAUCUAUACUAAUGCCUACGCAGCUAUACGUGAAGAUCCGUCUUUCAAGCCCACCGAAAAGACAAAGGACUGGAAAGCCGAAUCUAAAACAUACAGGCCUGCGAGACUCACCCUUACCCAGCGCAAGGAGAAAAUUGCGGCCAGGAUCGAGGAGUUCCAGGCCGGUGGGGAGGACUGA